AGGAUUAACAGCAUUAAACAUUGUUGUGUCAAGGCAAGUAUUCUUUUAAGCCACUUAACUCACUAUGUUUUGUUUGGCAUUGCUUAAAAAAGGGAAAAAAAGGUCUGAUAUUAGAGGAUAGCGGAAAUGAGGUAUGCCGGGGAUACGACAAGCUCACUAAUCUAAUUUGUUCAGAGUGGUUGCAUCUGGAGCUGGUGUGGGAACAUAUUUCCAGAGAGGACCUGGGGUGACUCAUUAAACCUUCCUAUACCCAUGCACCAUGUGUGCUGGCCAGUCCACCUGAACCUGCAAGGACCGGUGGAAGCAUGCCCAGCUCAUUGACCACUUUCCAGACGUUCCCUCUGCCAGCGGUUUCAUUUCCUACGGAUGGUCUCAGUGUCCAUAGCAGAAAGAAGGCCUGGACCUCCAUGCUCAAGAUGAUCCCCCAUCUGUGCAAACUAUUUCCUCUGGUUGUAGUGGGAGCCAUUGUUUUCGCCAUCACUGGGAGCAUUGGGGACCCUUUGGUUGAGUGCCUUCAAGACGCAGACUACAGUGAGCUUGUUGCUAUUGUGGAUAAGGGUCUCACUCCCACAAAGACUCCUCAUCACGUAGCUAUCAUUGGUGCAGGCAUGGCUGGACUGACCGCUGCAAAGUUUUUGCAAGAUGCAGGACAUAAGGUGACCAUAUUGGAAGCCAGUAACCGCAUUGGUGGACGUGUGGAGACGUUUAGAAACCGAACAGAGGGGUGGUAUGCAGAGGUUGGUGCUAUGAGGAUCCCCAGCUUUCACAGAAUUCUGCUGUCCUUGGUGGCCAAACUGCCAAUCUCCUUGAACCACUUCAUUCAAGAAGACAUCAAUACCUAUUACCUAGUCAACGGCAUCCUGCAGAAAACCUACGUGGUGGAGCAGCUCCCGGAUAUUCUCAACUACAACCUAUCGGGAGAGGAGAGGGGGAAGUCUGCCUCCCAGCUCUUCAGUCAGGCACUGAGGAAGGUGAGGGAUGAUCUAAAGAUGAUGGGCUGUAGUGCCAUGCUUGACAAGUACGACUCCUACUCUGUUAAGGAGUACCUGGUGAAGGAGGGGAACCUGAGCCGCAGUGCCCUGAGGAUGAUCGGGGACAUCCUGAAUGAAAACAGCCUCUUCUACGCAUCCCUGACGGAGAUGCUGUUUGUUCAGGCCGACAUCAACGACGACGUUGAGUACUAUGAGGUGGCCAAUGGUUUUGACAACCUCCCCAAUACCUUCUACCAGCUGUUGAACGCCACCCUUCACCUCAACGCCAAGGUCAAGCUCAUCGACCAAUCGGCCGGGGGCAGCGUGACGGUGUCGUACCAGGACGGCUCCGCCCUGGCCAGCCUGACCACGGACUACGUGCUGGUGACCGCCACGGCCAAGGCUGCGCUCUUCAUCGACUUCCUGCCCCCGCUCUCCUCCCACAAGAUGGAGGCGCUGCGCUCGGUGCACUACACCAGCUCCACCAAGGUGGUGCUCAGCUUCAGCCGUCGCUUCUGGGAGUCGGAGGGCAUCCGGGGCGGGAAGAGCGUGACCGACCGGCCCUCCCGCUUCAUCUACUACCCCAGCCACGGCUUCCCCGGCACGGCCGCCGGCGCCCUGCUGGCGUCCUACACCUGCUCCGACGACUCCACCUUGUUCCAGGGCGUGGGCGAGGCGGAGGUGAUGGCGCUGGUUCUGGACGACCUGGUGAGGAUCCACGGGGAGGACAUCCGGCCGCUGUGGACCGGGGGCCUGGUGAAGAAGUGGGGCCUGGACCCCUACAGCCUGGGGGCCUUCGCCCUGUACACGCCUUACCAGCAGGUGGACUACGCCGCUGAGCUCUUCCAGAGCGAGGGGCGCGUGCACUUCGCAGGCGAGCACACGGCCGUCCCCCACGGCUGGAUCGAGACCGCCAUGAAGUCUGGCCUCAGGGCCGCGCACAACAUCAACCAACAAACUCUUUAGCCACCGGGCUAACGGCUACAAUAUUUAGGAUUCAGAAC